GACACAACAGCCAUCUCAUUUUACCUCAUCUCAUCUCAUACAUCUCCCUCGAGCCUCGAAGAUUGCUCUCUCAGACUGACUGUCACUCACUUCUGGAACAGAGAUGAAGAAUCCCGGAGCUGCAGCCGUUCUCUUGGUCUGCUUGGCGGUGUUCUCAUCGACACUCUCGCUCGCAGCUGCUGCCAAUGACUUCAAUCUGUCUCUGAAGGACAUCGGGCUGCUGGUGAACUUCUCGGUGCCCUGUGAUCUGGACUCGCGCAUCGCCGUGCCCGAUCGGGGCGGCCUGCUGACGCCCAACCUGCUGGCCAUCGGCCACCAGGAGUACAAGUAUGACGGCUCCAAGUGGGUGUUCAACGCGCAGUCAGCCAACCUGUUCAACAAGACUCUCGCCAAAGUCGGAACUCUGGCCGGUGCCAAGGACGGCUCCGUCACCUUCAGCCUCUUCGCCAACCAGAAAGGAGUCGGAACCACCGAUGCCGCCUCCGUCACCGCCAAGCCCAUCCAGUCCGUGCUCCAGCGCUUCGCCAUUCCUCUCCAGCUUCUCAACGUCACCAGCACCAUGAAGGGCUCGAACUACGCCUCGUCGGACUACAUUCAGAGGUUCGGAACACAGACGGGCUUGGCUCCAGGAUCGACCUACCCCGCCAAGUUGAACGACAUUUUCCGCUCCAGAUUCACAGCGUUCUACGCCUUCUACCUGCCCAUUGAUCUGUCGCCUCAGCUCGCCACUCGAGUGCCCAGAUGCGGUGACGAGCGCUUCUACGGCCUUCAAUACGGCAGGGACUUCUAGAUCAGAGCAGAUCAGAUGCUACAGCGUGCCCGAGCUCUGAUUUCCUCCACCGGCCGCACCUUUGGAUAAGACCUGGGUCGGCGAAGGGAAUCAAUCAGCCAGCCCUCGACAUUUCUCCUCCCAUUUUGCUAAAUUCGGCCGACGCUCGGGGCGAUUCCAUCGUUCAGGUCUGGCGAUGCACUGCACUUCUACUACAACUUCAGCUCCUUCUUCUUCUUCUUCGUGGGAGCUGACAAUCGCACGAGUGGAAUGCAUCCCUAAGCAGCGACAUCGCUCGAGCGAAUUUACUACUAUCCAUUAUUUUUAAUACUGAAUCUAAACAUUAAAAUCUCGUGUGAAUUUGGCGGCAAGUUUGCUCUUCGAGAGUGACAGGACGACACAGCGUCCGACUACGUCGACUGAAAGCGAGGUUGCGCUUAUGGUCUACGUAGUUUGUGGAUGCGGUUAGAUGACAUAGUUAGCACUGAAGCGUAGCCCAAGUUACUCGCUUGGUUUGGUUUCAUCCAUGUACGGCUUGGUGCCCACUUUUAAUCUUUUUGUUUUCACUUAUCCAGCGUCCAGACGCCACGUCCCUGCUUUGCGCAUAUGGAUAUGGAUGCUGUGCCGGAGACUGUGAAAUCCAUUGACAUUGAUAUAAAAUAUAUGGUUUGAAGUUCGUGUU